UACUGUAAGAUGACGUUUCUCUUGGAGCCACGUGACUUUUUUACAGUAAAGUCCAACAUGGAAGACGGAGUGGCUCUUAUUGUGCGGUAACUAAACAUUUCAAGUGAAACAGAGUCAACACUAAGACAGCAGCGAUGAGGGAGCGGCAGAAGAAAAAGAAGGGGAGGACGUGGGCAGAAGCAGCCAAAACGGUUUUGGAGAAAUACCCAAACACACCUAUGAGCCAUAAAGAGAUCUUGCAGGUGAUCCAAAGAGAAAGACUAAAAGAAAUAAGAAGUGGGACCUCCCCCCUGGCAUGUCUGAAUGCAAUGCUGCACACAAACUCUCGUGGUGAGGAAGGGAUCUUCUACAAAGUUCCAGGAAGAAUGGGGGUUUACACAUUGAAGAAGGACAUCUCUGAUGUGGUGAAGGAGCUGUCUGAGGAAGGAUCUGAGGAGAGCAGUGACAAUCUCUCUGAUUCCCGAAGCACAGAAAACAGUAACAGUGUCAUCAGUCAAGAGGGCAGGAGAGGAAGGUGGAUGCGAAGAGUUCCCUCCAAGCUGCAGUCACAGCCCUCUUCUCCACAGCCUCGAUGCUCUUCACCUUCCGUUCCUGCCAGUAAGCUCAUCUCGCCGUCUCAGAAACACAGCAAAAAAGCUUUGAAACAGGCCUUGAAGCAACAACAGCAGAGAAACCAGCGGAGACAGGGUGGAAUGCCAACCACCUCCAGUUCCAGACUGCUUUUGAAGACCAUUAAAGAUAUGGCUGACAAUAUUACUGCAAAGACUGACCUGUGCCACCCAGUCAGAUCUCGGAAAGUUUCCCAGAGGUCAAGUCACCUUACUACAGGACAGCUGAAACGUGCCAAAUGUAAUAUAGACGUGGAAACGCCAGAUUCCAUUUUGGUUAACACAAACCUGCGGGCGCUCAUCAACAAGCACACCUUCUCUGUCUUACCUCCAGACUGUCAACAGCGGCUGCUUAAACUUCUCCCUGAAGUUGACCGGCAGGCUUGCAUGGACGGCCUGCUGAAGGUCACUAGUUCUGCCUUAAACAACGAGUUCUUCACCUCAGCAGCUCAGUCUUGGAAGGAAAGAUUGGCAGAGGGUGAAUUUACUCCUGAGUUACAGCUGCGGAUGCGACAAGAAAUUGAAAAGGAGAAGAAAGUUGAGCACUGGAAGGAGGCCUUCUUUGAAAGCUAUUAUGGUGAAAAUUCUGGACUCAGCUAUGAGGAAUCUAAAGAGCUGACAAAGGCUGAUUUGAAUCAGGAGUCUUUCAAGCCCCCGUCCCCUCCUCAGCAGACAGAUCCUGCUGGUCAAGCACCGCAGGAUCCCAGUGGCACCAAGGGCAGCGGCCAGACUGAUGCUGCUGCUACCGCUGUUAGAGAUGUGAAGCCAACGCAGUCACAGUCCCAGGAACCAACAGAGAAACAGCCCACACAAAAAGAGUCAGCUGUGACCAUGGAGCCCAUGAAGACAUGUCGCUCGCCGUGUGUAGAAGAUCAAAAGUUUGACACAAGUGUACAGUCUGUGCCCACGUUAGAGGUUGAGAGACAGGCUGAACAGGACACCGUUGAUACGUUACCAGAAAGUGAGCAGAAAUCAGGUGUGGAGGAGGAGAAAGUAGACCUCCCCCAUUCGCCUAUCAAGAGCAGCCCUCCACCAAAGGCCAGUCUGGAGUUGAAAGAAGAGCAGUCAGCAUCUGUGGAUAAGCAAGAAGAGGUCACCCAUGAGCCACUGAAAAGGAGAUCUACCAGCGAGAUGGACAAUGAGGUAACACCAGAGAAAAGGACUCGUGUCUCCUCAGUUUCUUCAGUCUCUUCAGUUUCUUCCGUAUCGCCUACAGCAUCUUCCUUAUCAAGCCCUGCUACACCAACUCCAACAAAUCCGAGAGUUCCACCACUUAAGAUCCCUGUAUCAAGAAUUCUCCCUGUUCCUUUGUCACCAAGCCAAAUUUCACCCAGGACUCCCCUCUCUCCCCCACUUAGUAGCCCUGGACGUACUGGUGCUCGUACUUUGGCUGACAUCAAAGCUAAAGCUCAGCUUGCACGAGCUCAGCGUGCAUCAUCUGCUGCGAAGGGAGCGGUGGCAGGACCAGGCGGAGGCAGUGAGGAGCAAAAACAGCCACCUCCAAGCCCCAACCCGGCAUCCCCACAGGCAUCAACCAAGCUAAUGGCGGCCACCACUAGCAGUUAUACCAAUACACCCACUUCUCACGGGCUAACUUCAAAUCCCUCACAAAUCUCCUCAAGCAAAGCGGAAGAGAAACAGAAUGGUGAUUCUGGCACUUUGAAAACCGGUUUCCUUUGCACUGAUAAGAAUUCAUCAGCACAGCUUCCUGUUCCAUCUGCUCAUACUGAGAUGGUUCAAGAAAACAAAUCAUCUGUUGGCUCAUCAACCAGGAGCAGCUCCUGCAUUCCCGCAAACAACCCAUUGGUAACCCAGCUUCUGCAGGGCAAAGAGGUUCCACUGGAGCAGAUCCUUCCUAAACCACUAACCAGGGUGGAAGUUAAAAUGUCAAGCAUACUUUCUGGUGCUACAGGGAAGUCAGCACACUUGGGCACAGGUAGUGCUGAGCACAGAUCAGGUAAGCCAAGCCAGGUGACCGUAAUAGGACGAACUGGAAUUUUUACAGAAUUUACAAGACGUCACAAGGGGCUUCCAGAUAAAGAGACUCAGGAGCAGAUCCUCCAGGCUCUAAUGCAGAGAAAAGUCCAAAAGAGCCAGCCUCAUGAUGUCAGGCCUCAACACCAGCAGUUCACAAGCCAACAGCUUCUGCAGGCGCAAGAACACCAAGAACAACCCAGGGUUACUGUUGGCUUUUUGGUUCGUAAACGGAUGUCCAGACCUGCCAUGACGGGGCAUUAUCUGCUCAAUGUGUCUACAUAUGGUAGAGGCCCAGAGAGUAAAAGACUGCACCACUCUGCUGUCCCAAGCAUUACUGUGUCCAGUUUAAAAAAAGAUGGCACAGUAGAAGAGGAUGGAGCUCAACAAGCUGAACCACCCAGCAAAAAAUUAUUUCCAAUUUCUGGGAUUAAAAAUGAACAGCAGAUUUUCUCUAUAACCAAGUCUGAUGAGCUUUGCACCAACAUAAAAACUGAGCCUGGAUCUAAGGAUGGUGCAACCAGUGCUGAUAUUAACAGCACUGUGACAACCAAAGACUCCAGCCUGCUUUCUCACUCGCACCUGAGACACCUUGAACACUGCAAUAGCAAUCAAGGAAAUUCCGAGCCAUACCUUUCAUCACCCCAAGUGGGAAUGGACCCCGGUCACCAGCAACUGUCCACGUUUCAAACGCAGAGAACUCUUGAUAAUCAGGAACCUGUGGUUGCAUCAUAUGGCGGCACUGUCAACAUGACUGUACCUCACACUUUGAACCACAGCACUGUGGCCCCCGGCUCGAACGCAUCCUCCUCAGAUGCGGAGAACAAUGCGGUCCACGGGAGCGUCAUGUCAUUCUCGGUGACUGUCACCACCAUACCCGCCACUCACUCGUUAGAUCACAGUAACCAGGGUGAGCCCUCACCUGACCAGUCCUUCAUAGAGGGCUCCAGUAUGGAGGACGUCAAGUCUCAAUGCUACUGCAGACUGAAGGCGAUGAUCAUGUGCAAAGGCUGUGGAGCCUUUUGCCACGAUGAUUGCAUCGGCCCCUCAAAACUGUGUGUGUCAUGCUUAGUGGUACGAUGAUAUUAAUUUUAAUAACAGACAUUAUUGUGAUUUGAUUUGCAUUUUAUUGCAUCGAAACACAAGGCAGAACCACAUCAUUUAGGAUCAGUCGUCAUUGUUGGAACAAUGCAUGUUGGCCGUGCACCAGCUAAAACAAGUGGCACGUGAUCACUGCUGCAAAGGCAAUGUUUUACACUGGAUAGCCUUUUGUUUCAUCAACAUCUAAGAAAAAAAAAGUUGUGCAAUUUUGUUAGAAAUGUCAAUCAGUUUUUAAUGAAACCUGUAGUCUGUCAGAUGAACACAGUAUCUGGCAGUUUUGCACUUGGGUAGGAGUAAUGUGAUAUAUUUUUUUAAAGUAUGUGUGUAGUUUUUAAAAAGAAGAGGGAAUAAUGAAUGUUGAUAUUUUUGUAGAACAUAAAGACUGUUUUAGACUGACAUGUUUUAAUAUUAGACUUAUUAAACUGUAAAAACAAGAAGAAAGGCGCUAAUGAUAAUCAUUAGUUGCAGAGUACCUCCUAUUUAGCAUUUAUGCAUGCAUGGCAGGGAAGUGCAACGUACAGUCACUGUUUUAUGAUGAACUGUACAUUUAUUACUGAACACAGAUUUAACAACUACAAAGAGCAUGUAUACUUUUAGAAAGAGAAUAUGAAAGGAAAUUUGAAUGAUACUUUAUAAAAAAAACUAAUUCUGUGAAGAUUGCACAUCACCUGUUUUAAUUUUUUAUUUAGCUUUUUUUUUUUCUCAAACAUUUAUGGUGUGAAGCACUUGAAAACCACCUGGAUGUAACUGUGUAUAGCACUUAAGUUCAAAAACAGGGAAAAGAUAAAUAACUUAAAAAGAUGCUUUGACAAGAGCAAAUUGAACUUUUUUUUUCGUUUUGUGUUAAAUCCAAUCAUUUCUUACUGUGUAAACCUACAUUUUCUCUUUUUGUUGAAAUGUUCUCCCUUCAAGUGGGUUUUCUGGUCCUUGCAUGCCUGUAUAGGAGUUCAAUAUCAGCAGACAAACACUCAAGACAGUGAGGAGAAAAUGAGUACUAUAUAUUUUUUAAGCUGUAAAUGUUUAUUUACGACAUGGUUUGAUGUAGAAAGUAAAUAUUUUUAUUUUAUUCAUCCUGCACACCUUGCUUAAGCAUAUCCAGCAUUUUUUUAUUGUACUGUUU